GUCGGACCGGACCCACUGCGCACCCACCGCCCAGCGGGACCCACGCGGUCCUUGUCCCCUCACUGCCUGCGCAGAAUGUCCCCGGCCCCCACCCGCUGACCCCGCCUCCGCCUCCGCCCUCCGGCGACCCCGAUCCCCGCCGGCGAAAUGGCGGCGUGGUGCUCUGCCGAGUCCACCAAGCCGGUCUUCGUCGGGAUCUACGGGGCCGUCCUCGGCGGCUUCGCGGUCUCCGCCCUCUUCUUCCUGCUCUCCUCCUUCUCCUCGCUCUCCGCGCCCACGCUCCCCCUCCCCGCCGCGGCCAUCGCUGGGGCCAACCUCUCCGCGCCUACUCUCGCCCAGGCUGAAACCAUGUACAACCGCCCCAUCUGGAAGCCCCCGCCCCGGCGGGCGCGGAUGCCCUCUCCGCGCGCGUUCCGCCUCACCCGCGACAUGGUCGCCGCCCGCGCCCGCGACGGUGUGAUCGUCGUCACCUUCGGCAACUACGCCUUUCUCGACUUCAUCCUCACCUGGGUUCGCCACCUCACCGACCUCGGCGUAGACAACCUCCUCGUCGGUGCCAUGGACACCAAGCUGCUCCGGGAGCUCUACUUCCGGGGCGUGCCCGUCUUCGACAUGGGCAGCAGGAUGGUCACCGAGGACGCCGGGUGGGGCUCCCCAACCUUCCACAAGAUGGGCAGGGAGAAGGUGCUGCUCAUCAACGCGCUCCUGCCUUUCGGGUACGAGCUGCUCAUGUGCGACACUGACAUGGUAUGGCUCAAGAACCCAUUGCCCUACCUCGCCCGAUACCCCGACGCAGAUCUCCUCACGUCCAGCGAUCAGGUCAUACCCACCGUCACCGACGACAGCCUGGAGAACUGGAGGGAAGUUACUGGUGCGUUCAACAUUGGUAUUUUUCAUUGGCGACCCACUGAACCUGCUAAAAGGCUGGCAAAAGAUUGGAAAGAUUUAGUCAUAUCUGAUGAUAAGUUGUGGGACCAGAAUGCUUUUAAUGAUCUUGUACGCAAAAAAUUUGGACAGCCAGUUCAAGGAGAUGAUCUUGUAUAUUCUUAUGAUGGGAAACUGAAGCUGGGAGUGCUACCAGCAAGUAUAUUUUGUAGCGGCCAUACAUAUUUUGUGCAGGGCAUGUAUAAGCAGCUUCAUUUGGAACCAUAUGCUGUUCAUACUACUUUUCAGUAUGCGGGCACUGAAGGAAAGCGCCAUAGAUUGCGAGAGGCAAUGCUUUUCUUUGAUCAACCAUCUUAUUAUGAUUCUCCAGGAGGUUUCCUGUCAUUUAAACCUAACAUUCCAAAAAGUUUGCUAUUAGAUGGUGCUCAUACUGUUGAAUCUCAUUUUGAGUUGGUUAACUACCAGCUGAAGCAAAUAAGAACUGCACUUGCGGUUGCGUCCUUGUUAAAGCGGACACUGGUAAUGCCUCCAUUAUGGUGCAGGCUUGAUAGAAUGUGGUUUGGACAUCCUGGAAUUUUAGAGGGAACAAUGACCAGACAACCUUUUCUCUGCCCACUGGAUCAUGUGUUUGAGGUUCAUGUUAUGCUGAAGGACUUGCCCAAGGAAGAGUUUGGUCAACAUAUUGAUUUCAGAGAAUACUCCUUUCUUGAGAAUCCAUCAUUACCUAAAGAGGUGAAAGAUUCGUUACUCGAGGUUGAACUUUGUGACGAGCAUAGCUCCAGAUGCUCUGCAAUUGAUGAAAUCGAUAAGCAUGGAACCUUUCUUUUACCAAGAAAUAGUACUGAAGAAAAGCUGUUGGAUUUGUUGUCAUCAUAUAAGGAUGUCAAAAUCAUACAAUUCUCAUCUAUGGUUGAUGCCUUCGGUGGUUUUGCUGAUGCAGCUGUGGAGAAGAAGUUCCGAAAUCGUGUGAACAGGUAUGUGGGCCUAUGGUGCUGUGUGGAGUUCCGUGAAAUUGGUCACAUAUAUUAUGACAUGUACUGGGACGAGAAACCAGGGUGGAAGCCACACCCUCCAGAGACUAGGGAACAGGAUCAUCCACCUUGGUCAUGACUACUGACAAGAAGAUGCUAGAAAGAUCGUGAUGAUGAAGAUCUGAGAUCUUCUAGGGCACCCUGCUCCAAUCGAUUCUUCAGGCCAAUUUUGUGCUGUUCUAGUUGUGUUCUUCCAUGGGUCGCUGCUGUUCGCUUGUGGCCCCUUGUUCGCAGCUCAUCGGUCGAAGCAUGGGGCUCAAUGAUUUAGUUGGGACAACAUUUAGAUCACGACUUAGUUCCAUUUUCCAUAGUUUUUGCAUCAUGUUCAUAGUUGAUACAGGCAUCAGCUCCAAAGGAGAAAAGGCCAUUAUUGUUAAAUGUUGUGGAAAACUUGGCUGCCAGCUGCUGCAAUAGGAAGCUGUCGUAACUGUUGUGCAAAACUUUGCCCCCGCUGCUCUGUUAGGAAAUAUUUGGAGCAGCUAUCUUUUUGACACAUUGUUCUCAAGUCUUAACCAUGAAGCAUUGUCUUAAUAUAUAUAAGAAGGCAUUUGG